AUGAUGCAUAUAGCUGCCAGCCUAUUGGAUGUAUACUCAGGCCUCUUAAGUCAUCAAUCUAUGAUCUUGGCCAUGAACUCAAGCUUUGUGGACCCCUUAUUGCAAUUUGAAAAUCAAUUGAAGAUAAUAAAGUCAUCUUUUAAAAUGUUAGUUGCUACACCAAGUCUUGACAAAGUAAAAAAAAUGGGGACUAGUAACGAAGAUGUUGAGGACCUGGUGAAUUUAUACCAGAAUAUUUUAAACACAUAUGAAGACACUCUUCUGAUCUUAGUGUCUAAAGACCUCUACAAACUACAGCUCUUACAGGAAAUGAUAGUGUGGAUGAGUCAAGAUGGUUCAUACCUGCAAGAGAGAAUAAUGGUGAUCAUCAGCAGGGUGUUACACUUUGCAUCCAGGAAAGUCAGGAGAUAUACAAGUGUUGAUGCUCCCUGUUUGGGUGUCCUGGCAGCAGAGCUGUGUCUUCUGUGUUCCUAUACUGAUUCCUCAAUCACACAGCAAGCAUCAUUGGGACUGUAUCACCUCCUCCGCAUUGCAAAGUGUCAGACUGAGGAUAUUGGACAAAGUAAACCUCCAAGCCAUCAUCAACAUAACUGCCUCCUGCCUUCUUCUGAUAUAGAAUUCCUAUCCAAGGGCUUUAAAGACAAAAAUAAGAUUUCUCAGAGAAUAGGACAAACCUUACUGCCCUCCUUGCUGAAUGACUUUGUGUGGAGUCUCCUGAAGAAACUCUCUGCCUUUGAUUACAAAAUUGCAUCUGAUGCAGCAUCCAUAUUGAAAUUGACUCUGGAAUACCAUGCCCAGAAGGUCACCAUGGUUUCUAAGAUUGUGGAUGUUAUUUAUAAGGAAUUGCAUGAAAAUUCUUCUCACUGUAUGAAGCAUACUAUGUUACGGGUCAUUACCUUGCUGACACACACUUCACCCACGAAGGUCAUCUUUCAACUUAUGGACUACCCAGUCCCAGCAGACGACAUUCUCAUACUGAUGUGGCAGGCGGCAGGUUCUGAAGCAAAAGUGGCCCCUCAUGUGCUGAAGACAAUCUUGCUGAUACUGAAAGGAAAGCCUGGGGAAAUGCAAGAAACCUUAACAGAAGCAAGACGUUUCUCUCUUGAUACUACCAACAUGAUGCCCAUGGCGGCAUCUCAGGCUCUGUGCACUCUGCUGCCUGUUGCUUCCUAUAAGAAAGCUGUGGCCCAGUUUUUCCCCCACCUCUUGAUGGCUCUCCUGCUCCAGCUCUUCUACAGCAGAGAUCUGACACUGACGUCCCUGGACAGUCCUUUAUAUGCCCGGGAUUCCCUGAGAGCUCUGCUGAAUUGUUCUGGACUGCGACCAGUGGAUAUUGCUCUAGAGGAAAAGAAUUGUUGGAACCAGUUUUCUGAAGCACUGUAUCACCAUCAUGGGGUCCACAUUAUUGCCAAAACUCUCUGUGAAUUUAACUUUCCACAGUUUCCAGAAACCUUGAAUUAUGUCUACAAGGUCUCAGUGGAAGGUCCUCAACAGUCAGAAGACAGUAUCAUCACAAUAAUACUCCUCACUGAAGUGAGUUUUAUUGGGAGACUGUGA